AUGGAAUUCGGCCUCCACGGCCCUCAGACGCCGACGAAUCGCAACCUUGCACUCUUCUUCCCUACCGACCUCAGGCUCAGCCUUAUUCAAUCAAAGAUAACCAGAAAAUUGUACUCUCCUCAAGCCGCACUAGCAUCUGAUGUGGAGCUUUUGAAGACCGUUCGGGAACUAGAUGAUGCAGUGAGCGGGUGGCAUCGAAACCUGCGAUUACCAAGCAACGGCCUCCACCUACUUCGCGCCCAUGGGCUGGUCUUCACCCAGAAAGAGGUCUACCUGCGCUCGUCUUUAUUGAAAUUACAAUAUCAGUACUGCAUAGCUGCCAUUCAUCAGAUGAGCACUGGAUGCGCGGCAUGGAUUGCCGAUCCAAGCGGCCGAGCCUUAGGCAUUACUUUGAGUUUAGAGGUUGCGGCCAACGCGAGCCGCGCCCUCUUGCGACAGUUCCUGGAUAUGCAAGCAGCAUUAGCACAGGAAGUGUUUUGGUAG